GGGAGAAGGGAGCUGGAGAGCGAGCGAGAGAGUGUAGGAGAGAAGGACAGGGUCCCAGAGGAGAGUACAAGCCUCACACAAAUACACACACUCACACGUACACAAUUGCCUCGGCUUCCCUGUUCUACCUUUUUGGGAUAGUGGAUUAUUUUCCAAAUUGAACCACUCAUCGGGCAAAUCCAGGCAUGAUCAGGUGGCAGUGUGUCGGAUCAGUGUUGAACUGUGAAAUGAACCAUGGAUGGUUGCAGGAGACCGGUCACUAGCCCAGCCAGCAGCCGCACAACCACCAGCAACAGGAGAAGCAGUAGGCCAGGGAGGCCCCAGAGCAUGCAGCUGGGCCAUAUUGGUACCUACUAGCACCAAGUGGACCAGGUCCUCUCCUCUUCACCUGGCCAGGGCUGCAGAAUGCUAAGUCCUGUCACCCCAUACAAGGCUUUCUUCUGCAGCUUACAUGCUCCUCUUCAAAUACAUAACUGCAUGUAGUGUCUGCACGCUUGGUCUACUUGGGAUGUCUGUUAAAGAUGCACUGGUCUCCGGAGCACGCUGCUCCCUUAUCUCAGUGGCCUGAGCAGCACCUAGACGUCACCUCUACCACCUCGCCGCCGUCUGCCCACAAACAUGACCCUUAUGCUACAGCUUCUCGCCGCGGCUAUGCCCCUGCAGGUUAUCCUUGGGCCAGUGAUGACAUAUCAGCCCUUACUGCUUCUUCGCUGCUCAAACGCUAUGCUGAGAAGUACUCAGGCUUGGAGCUGUCCUAUGAACGCCCUUCUGCAGGGGGCUACACAGAGCCUGGGACUUUCCUGAAAACUGAAUCUGAGCCCUGGGCUCAUGGUCAGGGCAUGGAGUGUUACCCUGGACUGGAGGCAUUAACUGGCACCAAGGUGGGCUCUGCAUCUGUGGGCAUCCCUACCACAGGAAGUGUGACAGUAGUGAGUAACUUGGUCUCUGAGCCGGGCUACAGUGGUGCUGGCCCCUGCAGUACCCCAUCAUCUCAGGAAUACCCUCCUGCGUACAACAGCACCUAUCUGUCCUCAGGAUACUGCCCUCCACCCAGCGCAGCACUUCCCCCUGCUCCUCUACACUCUUUGCAGGCUGCAUCUACUCUAGUGCCUAGCUACAGCGCCAGCACUCCUAUCUACAACUACCCUCCAGGGUGCUACCCCCAAACCAGCCUGUCCUCUGGAUACAGCCACCCCAGUGCCUCCUACCUGCCCUCUGGGAUUAGUGCCCCCACCCCUCUGGCCCCUAGGCCCACCAUGGUGGGGGGCAGUUACAGCUACCCAUCUCACAGCCUUGGAGGGAGCUCUGAUCCAGGGGUGCCACUGAAACGCAAGGCCUUUGAGAUGGCAGAGGAAGGACAGGAGGGAGCAGAGGUGGAGGGGACACGCUACAGGAAGUAUAGCAACGGCCAUGGAAACAGUCAUAGCAAAGGUCACGGCAAUGGGCAGGGCAAUGGUUACGAUAUGAGUGGCUCAGCCUCAGACCCACAGGCCUACAAACCAGGAAAGCCACUGAUGUCACCCCCUUAUGGCGGGGCAGGGGACUACAGCCCACCAUCAGGCCUAGCAGGAGAGAGUGCAUCAGGGGAGCACAACUUUCCUCAGCAGAGAGUGUCUAUGAAGAUACCUGCAUCGCACACACGAUCUGAGGACCCCACUGGAGGGCGCUGACAACCCUGGAGGAUUCUCUCACUCUUUGAAACCAAACAGAGUUCUUAAUUCUGACAGACUUCGGGGAAAAAAAUUGGAUUUGUCAAUGGUUUAAUUUCACUAGCAAACACAAGAGGGCACAAGACUGGUAUUUCUUGCGCAUCUUUAACAUAUUCAUUAUUCGUGUUUUUUCCAAAAAUUCACAGAGGCAUUUUGUCUUGUAAGGUUGAGGUAAGUCUUGGGGGUGAGGUAAGGGCAUUCUAAAUGUAAGAGUGUCUUGUUUCUCUCAGGAUCCUAUUUAUUUCCUUUCUGCUACUGUGGCGGCAGCACUGCAACGUUGCUGGUUAAUAAGUUGGUGUUAUUAUUUGUAGCCAUUGUAUAUGUACAAAGCCUUUGACUGCAAUGCGUUUUACCACACCACAAAAAUCAUUACUGACCAAAAAGUAAGGAGAGCAAUAACUGAAAUGGUGAGAUUGCCAUACUACUUCAGCACAAUCACUGCUACUUUACACAGCUGACUCCGAGGCUUGGUGUGUAACUUUGCCUUGAGAUAUGAAUGUUUCCCUGCUCAUCCUCCCCUGCGUUACCCCUAACCUUUACUCAUUCUUCUUGACUUUUUUCAUUUUCUUUAACCCCUUCUUUUCAUGUUAUCAUAUUCUAUCCUGUUUGUGUGUCCUGCUUAUUGUACCUUUUUCAUUGCUGAACAACUUUUGUUUUUGUCCAGUUUACACCUACCGAGCUGCUUAUCAAAUGAUGACAUGGUAUACAUGAAGCCGCCCUUUAAAUUGUUUUGAUGUAAAGAAAGAGUGGGGAAAUAAUCUAAGAUUUUAUGUUAACUCAAAAAUGUAUUUAGCAUUCACACAAUGACAGUAUUCAAGUAUAUGCAGAUCAUCUUCAAAACGUGUUGUUUACAUGCUGCUGAUAGGACAACUAACAGGUAUAUUUGCCAAAGAAAAUGCGAAUAUUGUAAUACCUGGUCCAGCUUAUACCUUGUCUUUAAUAUCAAAACUACAAAACAACCAAAAAGCAAAGUUUCACCAAAAAGUUUCACUCAGAGCAAAUCAUUUAAAGAUGCAUGAGCCUGUUUGUUACAUCUGACUGGAUGCACGGUCCGGACUGAGAGGCAUGCAGGUUGCAGAGGAGGAUAAGUGCUUCUGAGUAAACGCCUCCAACAAUUUUAGCUCAUCAUUACUUUCUUUAUGAAGAUCUACCGCUUGUCUGCAAGGAUUGACUUUUUUUAUAUAUGCAUUCUCUUUACUUUAGCCUCUCAAAAGGAUGAUUUACAGUUGUGUUAUUGAAUACUCAGGAAGAAUAUUGUUACCUCAGAAUGAUCAAAUAAGAAUGUAUGUUAUUACCUUACGGUGUUUGUAGGGAGCUUUACGGAGCAAGAUGAAAACGGAGCCAUGGCUUUCAUUAAGAGCAAAAUAUACUCUGAAGACUUCAGGGAGACGAUGAACUUACAAGGCCUUUGAACAGUAGAAAGCAUGUACGCACACACACACACACACGCACGCACACACAUACACACAGCUUCUUAGCUCUGGGAAAUUAAACUUGAGAUUUUUGUACCAAGGCCUGAAAUGUUGAAUGUAAUUCAGAUAUCUUUUUUUUGAAAGGACAAUACAUGCCAUUAUGUAAAUCAAUGAUGUUUUUAGAUAAAUGAAACAUAUUUUCUUCAUGUAUAGAUGUAAUUCUCUUAUAGGUUUUGGGGAGAAAUGAAUGACAUGUUAAGUGUUAGUGUAGUUAGCAGUGGGGGAAACGGUUUUGUGGACAAACUGUCAAAACAAAGCACUCCUGAUAAACAACCUUGGAAAUAUCAAGACAUACACACACUACAGUAUAUGCUCUAUAAUAGGUAUGUUGAUUAAAUGUCUUAAUAGUCCAAUGUCCAUUUCCCGUAUCAGUAUUUUAAAACUGCUUGACACAGUGUCACCUGUCAAUCAGCUUAAUUUUAGUUCUCACAUGACUUGACAUAAUGAAAAAGGAAGAAGUUAAAUAUGAAUCAUCAGAGUAGAAGCUUUUUUUGUUUUGUUCAUCCCUUCAAAAGUUGUGCCAUACUAUUAUUUUUUCUUUUUGCAAAAUUAAUUAAUUGUAAUGAAAAAGAAUUUUCAUGCCUCUUUUGGAAAGAAAUAAGCACAUUCAUAAAAUUAAACUUACUCAAAAUGUGGAGUAUGGAAAAAUUGUAUCAUCACACAAAGAUUUACAUCCCCAAAUGUGGAGGAAAGAAAUACAGAUAAAUUAAAAGGUCUUACACAAAUAAUAAUGUGUUCUUACCCCGAGAUUUUAAAAAGUAUUUAAGCGCUUAGCUACAACAAUUGAAUGCUCUUUAAUGCCACACAAAGAAUGUGCUCUACAUUAACCUACACAUGGUGACAAACAACAGUUUUUUCUGUUUCUUGGUGUUACUCUGAUUCAUUGAAGUAAGUGGAGUUGAAUUUAUCUCUGUAAUUCAGUUGUACUUUUGUUGUGUCUUGUACAUUCUCUGUAACCAUUUCUACCUCAUUUUGAUGACAUUGUACAUGAAAAUAUUUAUUUCAUGUCAUUUCACAUGCCAGUUUAAGGGGCAAGGUUUCUAAUUCUUGACCUGUUAUAGUCUACCUCACUAAAGGCUGUUGUGUCAUGGAAAUGAAGAUCUCACCAAAAAAACUUGA